AAAUGUGCAUGCGUGAAAGAGAAAGAUAGUGAGAGGGAGGGCGAAUGCUGAAGACGAAUCCAAAGAUGAGGCUCUGGUGCGCGUGAGUGGCCAUGGCUCCAGGCGAUGUGGCGACGGAGCAGGGCAAACAACAGCAGCAGCAGCAGCAGCAGCGGCUGAAGGAGAAGCGCCCAGUGCGGCGCCCGGAGGGCGACUGCGAGGCCGACGGCACCUUCGUCUUCCAGGCCCAGGAGGCCUGGAAGGACUUCCACAACUCACUGCGGCAGUUCUACGAGGCCGGCGAGCUUUGUGACGUCACGCUGAAGGUGGGCAGCCGGCUGAUCCCUUGUCACAAGCUGGUGCUGGCCUGUGUCAUCCCCUACUUCCGGGCCAUGUUCCUAUCGGAGAUGGCCGAGGCCAAGCAGGACCUGAUCGAGAUCCGCGACUUUGACGGCGAGGCCAUACAGGACCUGGUGACCUUUGCGUACUCGUCGCGUCUGUCGCUGACGGUGGACAACGUGCAGCCGCUGCUCUACGCUGCGUGCAUCCUUCAGGUGGAGCUGGUGGCGCGGGCCUGCUGCGAGUACAUGAAGGCCCACUUCCACCCGUCCAACUGCCUGGCUGUGCGAACAUUCGCCGAGAGCCACCACCGCGUCGACCUGAUGGCCAUGGCCGACCGCUACGCCUGCGAACACUUUGGCCAGGUGGUGGAGAGCGAGGACUUCCCAGCCGUCUCUCCACAGCACCUGCGCACGCUGCUGGCUUCGCCCGACCUCAACAUCCACUCGGAGACGCAGGUCUACCAAGCCGCCAUCAAGUGGCUCAAGGCUAACCCGCAGCACCACAAUGACUGGCUGGACCAGAUCAUGUCACAGGUGCGUCUACCGCUGCUGCCAGUGGACUUCCUGACGGGUACAGUGGCCAGAGAGGAUAUGAUCAAGAACAGCCUGAGCUGCCGUGAUCUGCUGGACGAAGCCCGCAACUACCACCUGCACCUCAGCAACAAGAGUGUGCCGGACUUUGAAUACACAGUCCGUACCACGCCACGGAAACACACCGCGGGUGUGCUAUUCUGCGUGGGCGGCCGGGGUGGUUCUGGAGACCCCUUCCGCAGCAUUGAGUGCUAUAACAUCAGCAAGAACAGCUGGUUCUUCGGCCCGGAGAUGAACAGCCGACGGCGCCACGUUGGAGUCAUAUCAGUCGGAGGGAAGGUCUAUGCGGUUGGCGGUCAUGAUGGAAGCGAGCAUCUGGGCAGCAUGGAGAUGUUUGACCCACUCACAAAUAAGUGGACAAUGAAGGCUUCCAUGUACAUCAAGAGGAGGGGCAUAGCCCUAGCAGCUCUGGGCGGCCCCAUUUAUGCCAUCGGGGGUCUGGAUGACAACUCGUGCUACAGCGAUGUGGAGCGCUACGACAUCGAGGCGGACCGCUGGAGCACGGUGGCUGCCAUGAACACGCCUCGUGGAGGAGUGGGCUCCGUUGCCCUUGGGAGUCAUGUGUAUGCGGUGGGAGGGAAUGAUGGCAUCGCCUCCCUGUCCAGUGUGGAGCGGUUCGACCCUCACCUCAACAAGUGGACACACGUGCACGAGAUGGGCCAGCGGCGGGCCGGUAACGGAGUCAGCGAGCUCAACGGUUGCCUCUACGUCGUGGGUGGUUUUGAUGAUAACUCCCCAUUGAGCUCAGUGGAACGGUUCGACCCCCGUGCGCAUCGCUGGGAGUAUGUCGCCGAGCUGACCACCCCCCGCGGCGGAGUGGGUGUGGCCACGGUGAUGGGGCGCGUCUAUGCUGUCGGUGGACACAACGGGAAUAUCUACCUGAACACCGUGGAGGCCUUUGAGCCCCGCAUGAACAGGUGGGAGCUGGUGGGCUCAGUGUCCCACUGCAGGGCAGGGGCGGGCGUGGCCGUGUGCUCCUCCCACAUCAGCCAGAUCCGAGACGUGGGCCAGGGCUCCAGCAACGUGGCCGACUGCAUGUAACCUACCACACACACACCUGAACAACCGCACUGGCCGAGCACACACCUUUACCAGAGCACACACACACAAACACAAUGCCAUAUAUACACACACACAUAAACAAAGACACAAUCACAUGUACAUACAUACACAGGCAAUCACAAAUAUAGCACUGUCAUUCUUUAAACAUGCUCACACAAUCAGUAUAAGUGUUGACUGUCAGUAAUGCGCGCACACACACACACACACACACACACACACACACACACACACACACACACACACACACACACACACACACACACACACACACACACACACACUCACUGUGACUGAAGCAUUUGUGGGAAAAAAGUGACGUUUGGUCUUGUGGACUGACACACAUGGGUGUUCCUCCAAAAUGUACUAUCACUUAUAAUGCUCUGACAAAAAAAA